AUGUCUGAUUUACUUAAUAGACCAAAAUCGGAAUUAUCUCAAGAUGAAUUAUAUCAAUUAGAAGAAUUCGAAUUCAAGCAUGGACCCAUGUCUCUUAUUAAUGAUGCCCUUAUAUCAAAGACUCCUAUUAUUAUAUCUUUAAGAAAUAAUCAUAAAAUUAUAGCAAGAGUAAAAGCAUUUGAUAAACAUUGUAACAUGGUUUUGGAAAAUGUUAAAGAAUUAUGGACAGAAAGAAAUGGUAAUAAAUUAAUAAAUAAAGAACGUUUCAUAAGUAAGUUAUUCUUAAGAGGGGAUUCGGUUAUUGUAAUUUUAAAAUCUCCAACACAAUAG